UUAAAUAUGAUGAAGAGGUGGGUAUAGGCCUUAUAAUAGAGGAGAAAAUCUCAGUUGUCCAUCCACCAAUAUAUCCAACAAAAUACUAUACCGCCAAAAACAGAGUGAAUUUUGAGCAAUCUAUUCCCAGAAAGAUGAAUGUCAACGAGUUGAUCAACCAGGCGGGUGAGUGGGAUUUAGAGAUGAAACCUGAUGAGGGGCUUGUGGCCAAUCGAAACACUCUGGUGGGAAAAAUCUUUUCUGAGAGGUCUAUUAGCCUUAGAGCUUUGAGAGGGAUGGUGAUGAGGGCAGCCUGGGUUGAUAAUCCCAGACCAAAAAUGCAGGAGAUGCUCAAUAUUCAACCAUUGGAGGACAACACCUUCGUUUUUUAUUUUGAAAAGAAGGCCGAGAUGGAGGCAAUCUGGAGCGACCGACCUUGCCCAAUCUCUGGGACAGUGAUGCAGCUGAAGAAACCCUCUGCUUUUGAAGAUUCAAAGGAGGUAAAGUUCCAAACUAUAGAGUUCUGGGUUCAAGUGCAUAAUCUGCCAGAAGCCUAUCGAUAUGAAGGAAACAUAUCAUUGAUGGAGAGAAUGUUCCAUAGAGUCACCGAAAUUGAUCGUGCUGCCUUUCAAGCCCAGAUCUACCGGAAGUUUAUCAGGAUCUUCAUUGAGGUUGAUGUUUCGAAAUCCCUCCCAGAUGGAUUCUACAUAAGACAGCAGCAGAAGAGGAUCUGGGUUGAGUACAAAUAUGAGAGGCUGUACUCCCUAUGCUAUUUCUGUGGAAAGGUUGAGCACACCAAACUUGACUGCGAGAUGAAGAAGGUCUGUGAUGCGAAUGGUUCUCCCUACCCAGCAAUGGAGAGAUGGGGGCCAUGGACAAGGGCAAGCUCUCCAAUCUUCUCCCCACGAACAAAUCAACAGAGAGAUCUGGAGCACACCUUGAAUCGGGACGCCAACUCCGCAAACAACAACUCCCCAAUAGGGAUGCUCAACCAAUCACCGCGACAGCGGGUAGCUCGAUAGGUAACGCUAACCAGAUGGGCCCACAAGUCUUGACCUUCUCACCAAGGCCAAAUCAGUCCCCUUUUUCGAGUAAUGGUCAGAACUUUACUCUCUCAACGGAUCUAUUCCAUUCCCCUGAUUUCUUCUCUCCAACCCCCCAAAAUUAUCCCACCACUGCUCAGAACCAAGAACUGAUUUGCUCGCCUCCCCAAAGUGAUAAGGUAGCUAGAAACCUUUUCGGAAAUUUCUCAGUCCAACAAACAAAUCAGGUGUCG